ACGCCUGCGCAAACGCACGCGCAAACGCGCGGUCUAACUGACUUCCGAGCGCCAAGCAGUUUGCCCGCUCCUUAGACGCGGGAUGUGGCGGAGGUAUUGCUGUUUACUAGGAUGUUGCGCAUUGUGAGCUGGAACAUAAAUGGAAUCCGAAGUCCCCUGCAAGGGGUGGUGUGCCAGGAAACCAGCAACAGUACCUCCAUGGCCAUGAGACGCAUUUUGGAUGAACUGGAUGCUGAUAUUGUCUGUCUCCAGGAGACCAAAGUGACUAGGGAUGUGCUGACAGAGCCCCUGGCUAUCGUUGAGGGCUAUAACUCCUAUUUCAGCUUCAGCCGCAGCCGAAGUGGCUAUUCUGGUGUAGCUACCUUCUGUAAGGACAGCGCUACCCCAGUGGCUGCUGAAGAAGGCCUGAGUGGCUUGUUUGCCACCCAGAAUGGGGACGUGGGUUGUUACGGAAACACGGAUGAGUUCACACAAGAGGAGCUCCGAGCUCUGGAUAGUGAGGGCCGGGCCCUCCUUACACAGCACAAGAUCCGCACUUGGGAAGGAAAAGAGAGGACCUUGACCCUUAUCAACGUGUACUGCCCCCACGCAGACCCUGGGAAGCCUGAGCGGCUGACCUUUAAGAUGCGCUUCUAUCGUUUGCUACAGAUCCGAGCAGAAGCCCUCUUGGCAGCUGGCAGCCAUGUGAUCAUUUUGGGUGACCUGAAUACAGCCCACCGCCGCAUUGACCACUGUGAUGCAGUCAACCUGGAAUGCUUUGAAGAGGACCCAGGACGCAAAUGGAUGGACAGCUUACUCAGUAACCUGGAGUGCCAGGCUGGAUCCCAUGGAGGGCCCUUCAUUGAUAGCUACCGCUAUUUCCAACCAAAGCAGGAGAGGGCCUUCACCUGCUGGUCCGUGGUUAGUGGUGCCCGACAUCUCAACUAUGGUUCUAGGCUUGACUAUGUGCUGGGGGAUAGGACCCUGGUAAUAGACACCUUCCAGAACUCCUUCCUGCUACCUGAGGUGAUGGGCUCUGACCACUGCCCUGUGGGUGCCACCUUGAAUGUGUCCUCUGUGCCUGCAAAACAGUGCCCUCCUCUGUGCACCCGCUUUCUCCCUGAGUUUGCAGGUACCCAGCUCAAGAUUCUCCGCUUCCUAGUUCCUCGUGAACAAGAACCUGUGUUGGAAAAGUCAGCGCUGUGGCUCAGCAAUCAAACACAGGUACAGAAGCAGCAAAACAAAGUCCGUGUGCGCUCAACCAGGCCUCGGCCAAGUCAGGCUAAUUCCAGAAGAGGCCAGACAAACCUGAUGAGCUACUUCCAGCCCUCCUCCAGCCAUUCCAAAACUUCUCCUGAAUUGGAGCUGCUUAGCUUGCCUCUGGUGAACAACCUCACAACCCCAAAGACACUAGAAGAGGAGAUGAUAGCCAGAGAGGUAGAAGGGCAGGCCAAGCACUCAGAGAGUAAAGAAGAAAAGGAGUUACGGACCUCAUUCUGGAAGUCUGUGCUUGGGGGACCUUCACCCAUGCCCCUCUGCAGUGGCCACAGGGAACCAUGUGUGAUGCGAACUGUAAAAAAGCCAGGACCCAACCUGGGCCGCCACUUUUACAUGUGUGCCAGGCCCCGGGGUCCUCCCAGUGACCUUUCCUCCCGCUGCAACUUCUUUCUCUGGAGCAAGCCCAGCUGAACCCAUGGAGACCUAGGGAUAUCUGGCAUGAUCACCCAUUCUAUGCUGCCUUCUUCCCUAAGGCCUCCUUGCUUCCCUUCCUUCUCUUUUUUUGGGGGGAGGGGGGUUCCAGGGAUUGAGCUCAGGAGCACUCAACUACUGAGCCACAUCCCCAGCCCUAUUUUGUAUUUUAUUUAAAGACAGGGUCUCACUGAUUGCUUAGCACCUCACUUUUGCUGAGGCUAGCUUUGAAUUUGUGAUUCUCCUGCCUCAGCCUCCUGAGCCACUGGGAUUACAGGCAUGCACCACCAUGCCAGGCCUCCUCUUUCUUCUUUGUCUUCCUUCUCAUUCUUUUCCUCCCCCAAGGUGUCCCUCCCUCUACCUCAACUUCCUCUUCCUCCUCCAAGGUCUCUGUCCCUCUAUCUUCCUGCCUACAUCCUUGUUUGUGAGCUUCUUGUGCCUUAGUGUUGUGACCCAGUCCCUCACCCCACUUCCUACCUUCCUGUCAGAAGUUCAUGAGAACCAGCUGCCCUAGGAAGUUGUGAUUUAAAAACCUCUUCUUUUCUUGCGGGGAAAUAUGUUCAAAAUAAAGUCUGUUUUUUAAAAAAUU